GUCCCAAACAGGAAACCCUCUUGAUGACGUAGAAGCUUCUCUGUCUACUUGUUGGAUCGUUUUUCUCCGUUGCCCUGGUUGGAGACCACCGCUGCUCGCUUGGUUCUGCUACCUUCUCUCUCCCUUAUCGGAAUCGAAGCUUGAAAACCCUAGGAUGGAACAAAAUGCAGAGGGAAAUACCAGCGGUGAUGCAUCAGUGUCAGCAGGGUCGAGCUCAAGCAGCUUAGAUCCAAUAACCCGAGUGAGGAAACUCUUGUUUAGGCAGAUGCUUGUGGGGAUAAAGGAUGGGAGGUUCUUUUUGGGGAGUUUCCAUUGCAUAGACAAGCAAGGGAACAUAAUACUCCAAGACACGGUGGAGUAUCGAAACACGAGAAUAUCUUCUCCGUCACCAAUGGAGCAGCGUUGCCUCGGUAUGAUCCUCAUUCCCUCCUCUUGCAGGACCUCCUGCCAUGUCGACUGCUCUAUCGAGGAACAACUCUCAUUGCUUCAACUGAAAGAGUAGCUAGAGAACUGGAUUUUUUUUCCCUUUCAAGUCCUGUGGUGAAGCAUUCUCUUGUAUCAAUUAUGUGGAUAUCAUUUCAUCAGGUGCUGAGAGGAAUGGAAACCUCAUUCCUUGUGUUAGUCGUUGGUAUUCAUUUAAUGAAUUUAUAUCGUAAUGCAGAA